AUGAGGACCUUCUUGAAACUCUCCUUGCUCCUCGUAGGCCUGCUGUCAAUGGACGCUGCGCCCGUCAACGGCACCGAUACUAAACUCGUGCCUCUCGCAAGCGAAGCCGAUCUUGCCGCCUUCUACUUCAAGGGUUGUGUCCCAGGAACUACCAAGAUUACUCCAUUGGAAGGCGGCGCCACCGAGUAUUCGUGCACCAAGGAGAAGGGAAGAAGAAACGGAUCCAGCAAACACGAACUCGGAACCAACUUGUUUGUCUAUUCAAACGGCGCAGGCUUCGAUAUCAGCAUGGGCUUAAAUCUUGGCGUCAUUGCCAACGUUCAGCAGUUCCAUUUUGGUGGCUACGUCAACUCUGCUUGGGACACGUCCAGAGCUGUUACUUAUCCCAUCGCACAAUCUGCACAAGUGGUGGAUAGACUCCCAAAGAAGUGCACAAAGGACGACCAAUUCUGCUUUGAUGUGAUUGAUGGAUCUGAAAACACUGGCACCACUACUGCUUAUACUCACGGGUAUCAAAAGCACGACCUCGCAUCGAUUGCGAUGCUUGAGCAGAGACAAAUCCUCACUGCAGGAAUGAACCUGCAUGUCCGAACAAACUCGGAAAGCACGCUCAUGUUCAACAUUCCCCGCAAGGUGACUGCCGAGUUUUCGAUCAGCAGGAUCCUCAUGGACACCUACGACCUGCUCAGUCCUCCCCGCAGACCCAUGGUCUAUGCCGCUAUUCUACAGCACGGACUGAGUGUCCACGACACGACCUACAACUCCAUCACCCCAACACCUCCCAAACUCCAAACAUACAAGGUCAACUUCCGGCGCAUCCCCCAGCACUAUAAACCGACCGACAUUAUCCAGCUUUUCAGCAAAUACGGCAAGCCUAAGGAAAUCGGCAUGUACUACCAUGCGCACCCUAAGCGCAAGGUCUACACGCAGGAUGGAUAUGUUUUGUUCGAAAAGGACGAAAAGCCAAGCCACCCAGAAUUGCCAAAGGAAAUUGUUGCUGGACCAGGACACCCAAUUAUCACCAACAUUGUCGAAGCACCCAAGCCGGCACCCACAUCUACCGCCACCAGAUCCAACACCAAUAAGGAAUCCAACAACGCAUCCUCGGCCAAGGACGCCAAAGGACAGGAUGCAGCAGGGUUCAGACAGCAACGCAAACGCAACAGCAAGAAACGCCGCAAGAAUACGCAGAUUUCAUCUUCCAUGGAAGGUAUAGAAUCCACCACCUGCCGCAAUCGCUGCGCCUGUCGACCCCGCCACACCCGCCACACCGACCCCGCAGGAGUCUACUCAGGAAGCUAG